AUGGUAGAAAAGACUAAUCCAGUCCAUGAAGAUGAUUCGGUUGGAUUUUUGGAAGACAUCAAACGCAAUUCCAACCGUGUUACCGGAGGAUGGCCGGCCCAGGAGGGUCAAUUUCCCCAUCAAAUCAGUAUCCGUAUGGUGAACGCCCAAGGACUCGUCACAUCCUGCGGAGGGUCCAUCAUACACAAUGAGUGGAUCAUCACUUCAGCCCACUGUCUCGUACAUCGUCCAUCAUACGUAAUUCGCCUGGGUACCACAGACCUUCAUCGUCCAGCGUACAUGCUGGACAGAUCACUAAAUGACGCUAUUAUACACCCACUAUUCAACUUGACCUACGGCACUCGUGUGCAACGCGCUGAUGUAGCUGUAAUAAAUUUGGGCAUAAGCAUUACAUAUGGACCUACCAUGCAGCCUAUUCGUCUUCAGAGCUCAGAACAAAAGGAUUACAACUACGAAAAUCAAGUACUCGUAGUCAGCGGUUUUGGGUUCGACGAUGAUUCGUGGAAUGGUGGUGAUAUCUCUGAUUACCUCCUCUGGACCUACCUCAGAGGACUGAGCAACGAGGAGUGCCGUACCUUCUUUAACAGCGUGUGGGAAUCCACUGUGUGUGCUCGCUUCUACAACCAUACUGAUCAAUCCGCCUGUCACGGUGACAGCGGUGGUCCUUUGUCUAUUAUAGACAGAGACGGUAAGCCUACUAUGAUAGGAUUAGUCCAAUUCGCUUCCUGGAGAGGAUGCACCAGCUACUGGCCUACAGCGUACGUUCGUCCCGGACACUUCCAGGAUUGGCUUACGGAAGUUACCGGAAUCAACUUCGACUGGACUUAUGCCGAUAUCGAAGACAAAUCAAACACUUUGAAUGUAAUAAAUAAAUAAAUCGAUUAACAUGUAUUCGAUACGUGUAUGGAAUUGGUAUUAU